UGAAUUGCGCUCUCGCGACCACCUCUACCGCGAGAACCUUCACAUUUUUCUAGUUAUUUGACAUGUCAGGAGACCUGGAGAAAUUCAUACAGCAGCUAUUGCGCAACUCCGAAGAGCUGAAACUCGUCCUUGAAGCCGAGGCGGUACCACGACCAACAGACAGCGAUUCGUCCUCGUCCUCAAGCAGCUCCCCGUCAAGCAGCGAGUCUGAGACUGACUCUGAUUCUAAAGUUCCUGGAGCGAUUACCAGGUUGAAGCAACGUCGCAAGGAUGCCAAGAUCAAUAGGAAGCGUGUGCUAGCUGUGGUUGCACACAUUGACCCGUAUGGAGAAGAGCAAGGAUGUGUCUUUAUCUUCAAGUCUCACAUGAAAGCGUCCACAGCGGGGAAUACCAUUGUACAACACACUGUUGAGCAUGCGUUCCCGAUAUUGAGUGGAUUCACUAUUGCAAUGGCCCAAGCGAAGCGGAACACCAUUGAUCUCACCUCUGCCUCCAUGGAAACUCUUAAGCAACCGCAGUCAGCGGAAUUCAAACUGACCUUGCACCCUGGACACGACCUGUCUCAAAGGUCGAUCGCUCUCACCACUCAGGAUUCUCCACAUCUCAAGCCCUUCCUAACGGAGGUCAAGAGGCUGAAAGACAUUUCUGUCGUUAACUCCGAGCCUGGGGCAACUCCGUCAUACCCCUGGAUACUUCCCUAUACAUCAAAGUCGAAGCCAUCUCUUCUUUCGGCUGAGCCACAGGACCUGCGUCACGUCCACCGGCAGAUCUCUGAACUCUUAUCAGAAGCGUCUGCAGGGUCUCUCGGUGACGAUGCCUUCGAUACAUCUAUCAUCCGCGAAUUCUGGAUACGAUCGCAAGUCGAGCAGCUUUAUAAUUCUGGCUCGCAGACCUCUUUGAAGCUGCGCAUUGGAACUUUUAAUGUCAACGGGAAGCUGCCGUCACAGGAUUUGUCGGCAUGGGUCAGAGGCCCCUCGACCGGCGCGAACAAAUACAUUCCACCCUUGAAAGAGCUUUCUCCCUUUUCAUUAGAAGGUAUCGCGACGGACUCGUCGGGAGAAGGAACUGCGCUGCCAUUCGGGAAACAGCCCGACAUUAGUGCGGAUUCCAAUGCAUCGAGCGUGACGGACUUGCCAGUUGCUGCAGCUUUCGCCGGCAAAUAUGACGACCCGGAUUUGAUAGUUCUAGGAUUUCAGGAGCUGGAUCUCUCGGCUUCAGCGCUGAUUUACUCCGCGGAAACUACACGUGAGGAUGCUUGGCUUACCGCGGCGCUGGCUGGGCUGGGUGAGAAAGCUGUAGAAUACGAGAAGCUCGCGAGCAAGCAGCUCGUCGGAAUGCUGAUGGUGGUUCUAGUCAAGCGAACAAUGAAAGACUGCUUCAAGCGCAUCCAAACAAAUUCGGUCGGCGCAGGAAUUAUGGGACUCAUGGGCAAUAAAGGCGCCGUGGCCCUGCGCCUCGCGUUCGAGCCCCGCCCGACGCGCGACGCGCGGCACCCGCGCGGAGCCGUGCUCACGUUCGUAAACGCGCACCUCGCGGCGUUCGACGAGAUGUACGAGAAACGGAACGCAGACUUCCACGACAUCUCCAGGCGGCUUGUCUUCGACGCCGGCGCUCCCGCCCCCGGCGCCCCGUCUCCGCAGGCCGGAGGUGCGCCACCAAACGCGCCGCUGCACGCCUUCCAGAGCGAUGCCCUGUUCUGGCUUGGCGACCUUAACUAUCGGAUAGAACUCUCGGACUCAGACGCCCGCGCGCUGCUGGCGGAUGACGCUGUGGAUAAUUUGCCGCUUCUGCUGCAAUAUGACCAGCUGAACUUAGCGAGGCGGACUGACAAGGCAUUUGCUAACUUUAUUGAACAUCGGAUAUUACAUUUCCCUUCAUAUCGCUUUAACUCCGGGGCGCUUUCUGACAAUCUAGGUUAUGACUUGAAGCGUAAGCCGGCCUGGACCGAUCGUGUUCUCUAUAUUCCCUCUGUAGCGGUGCGCGUCCAGCAGCAGACAUACCAAUGCCACAAAGAGAUUACGAUGAGCGACCAUCGCCCCGUCUCGGCGACUUUUGAACUCCGCGUACCGACCGUCGACGGCGAGAAACUCGACGCUUUCGCGCACGGCCUAUGGAAAGAGGUUUCCCAUAUCGAAGAUGCGGAGGACAUCCCCCGCGUGAGCGUAGAACCAGCUGCGAUCGACCUUGGUAAGAUUGAGUACCACCGGGAAGCCCAGCAAUCCGUUCUAGUUCGGAAUACUGGCCGCGUUCCGUUCGCAUUCAGAUUCGUCCCGCUUGCGCCUGGAGAGCCAAUAUGUCCCCGCUGGCUCCGCGUCAAACCAGUUGCGGGUCUUGUGCGACCUGGCGAACACAAGGAAAUAAUCUUGACCACGACCGUCGACAACCCCGUUGCCGCGAAGCUCAACGUUGGAGACCCACAUCUGGAAGCAACGCUUGUGCUGCAUGUCGCGCGAGGCAAUGACAGCUUCGUCGUCGUCAGCGGGGAUUACGCUCGCACCUGCUUCGCCACAAGCAUGCAGCGCCUGGUGCGGAUGCCUGGGCCUAUGCGGAUGACGGGGGUCCGAAGGCUGCUUCCUGACGAACAGGCCGCGACAGCGCCGAAAGAGGUCAUGCGCCUCAUCAGCUGGCUCAUGAGCUAUGGCAGCGAUGUUGAUAAUCUGUUUCUUGCGCCAGGAGACCUCGCUCAGGUCGACGAAAUUCGUGAGGCACUCGACACCGGUACAGAGCUGCCUGUGCCGGACUCAAAUAGCCGAGCUGCCCUCGCCCUGAGCGUCGCGUCUUGCCUUUUGCAGCUCCUGGACGCUCUGCCCGAGCCGUUGGUCCCGCCCCAUCUGCACCAGGCGUGCGCGGAAACCACGGAUCGCGAGUCUGCGUUCGAGCUUCUCAACGGCCUGCCCGGCGCCUCAGUCAACGUGUGGAUCUCGCUGACCUCGCUGUUACACUUCUUGUGCCAGCAGGACGCGCGUAUGCCUGGUGCUUUGCGCGUCCGUCGGCUAGCGGCUAGAUUCGCUCCUGUCAUCUUCCGGGACGAAUCAGCGUUGUCGAAGCCGAUAUCUCCCGUGGGAAAACGCAAGUUCAUUAUGCACUUCGUCUCAUAAGCGGAUCGAGUCAGGCGUUUAUGAGUAAGAUGUGGUAUAACGGGGAGAGGCGCAUAUAGAUACAGGCGGAGGACAGAUGCACAGGUGCAGAUAUACAUUUCAUUGUAACAGUAAGCGAAAAUCAAAGCCGACAACACCGAGAAGCAAUCACAGAGAGCAUAGUAGGACGAGAAGGUGGGUCGAGAGAAAUUGCGGAGCCGUAGGAUGCCAGCAUCGACUUGGCGCCGAUAGAAGGGCUCAGCCAUUACUGCUUCGGCCUGAACGUGUGCCAAGGAU